AUGAACCAGACCGCGAACAGCAUGGAACUGAAGGCGGAACGGCGCGAAACCGGGGAGCCAGAGGAGGACGACGACGGUCAGCCUUCGUCGAGCGCCAACGAUGGUGGUGGCAAUUCGGACCAGGAGAUAGUGGUCGGCAUCGACGAGGAUCACAUCAAGUUUCUCACCAGCAUGCAUUCGGGCGAUGAGGAGCCCUCCAACGGGCACCCCGCACUGGCGGUAAAUGGUGGUGGUGGUGGUGGGGCCGGAACUGCGGGCAAACUCGCCCACCGCAAACAACAGCAACAUCAACAGCAGCUGCAGCAUCAUUCCGUUCGAUUGAAUGGCAUUUUCAACGGAAGAAAUGGUAAAGCACAGCCAACUGCGUUCGGAAACGGUAGCAGAGCAUCGAACCUUGCGUUUAGCGAGGAUUCGGAUGACGAUGACAGUGAUGAUGACGAGAUGGCGGACUCAUCAUCAGAUGACGAUGAGGACGUGAUGGCGACGGCGGCCUCGAUCCUCUCGAAAACGGCUCAGCGAUCGUCGGAUUGUAAGUAGGCGGUUUCGCACUACACUCGCCGGUAUCGGUGCGACCUGUGUCCAAGGGCCUUCCACCGGCCGGACUUUCUGCAGUACCAUAUGCGGACGCACGAGAAGAGCAAUUCGUUCGAGUGUAAGCUUUGCUUCAGCAUCUUCGCGUCGGAUCCGGCGUUCGCCCAUCACAUCCGCACCGAGCACGCCGGGAUGGGGUUGGCCGAUGCGCUGCCGCCGGUACCGGAGUCCGAGGCCCGUUUUGCCGCGUGCACGUACUGUGACAAAACGUUCGCCGAUGGCGAUCAGCUGGAGGAUCACCUCCACCAGCAGCAUCUCGGGAUGCGACCGUUCAAGUGCAACAUGUGCCCGAAAGCCUUCAUCCGGAUGGAUUUUCUGCAGUGCCAUUACGCCAAGUAUCACAACUUUCACCGGUUCGGUGUGAUCGGUGCAGGAGCCAACGGAGGAAUGGGUGGUGGCGGAGGAGGAUUGUACUCCGGUACGUUUGAUCCGAUCGAAAGUGUUGUGCAGCGCGCAGCGAUGACGAUGGGAGGCCACGCUGGUGCUGCUGCUGGUGGUGGCCUUGGUGACGGUCACGGCGGAGGCGGUGACCAAGGUGCAUCGUUCCAGGCGGCCGGCCAGCCACGGUUGUCGGUACGGAAAAUGGAAGAUUUGCUCGACGGACACGGUGGCAUGGCCGGAGGGCGCCGUUUGAUGCUGGCCGUGGCCGGCGCAGAUUAUUCGCGCCGAACGUCACACACGGGCACCACGCUCGGUAGCAGUUCGAGUGAGGAGGACGACGAUGACGACGAGGAACUGAUGGUGUUGGGCGACGAUGACGUUGCAAUGGGCGGUGCGGUGAGUCACGAUAACCGGAAACGAAAAGCCGGCCCAACGCUAACAAACGGUGGCAAAGCGCGCCCAGCGACAAAGAAGAAGCCAACGGUCGGGCUGGUGGCCAAGGCUGGAGUGCCGGCGGUUGUUACGGUCCUGCCUCCGGAGGAAGUGGGUAAAUUUCGGUGCCCAGUUUGCGAGCGACGCUUUGUCCGCGAGCCGGAACUCAUGGCUCACGUGCGCGUUCACCCGGAUCUGCCCACUUACAAGUGUCCGCUGUGUGAACUAACCUUUAUUGGAUCGGACUACCUGAAGGGUCACCUGAAGAAGCACGUCGUUGGUGAUGGUGAAGAUCCGGACGCGCCCGGUGCGAUCGACAUGAAAACAUUGAACGAAGGAACUGCUGCUGCACCGGGCCUUUCAUCGCCUCCGUCUUCCACACUCACCGCAAACCGUCCAUCUUCUACCGUCUCCGCGUCGGGUGCCAGUAAGUUGCCAUCGAAACACCCAUCGAAACCACCGUCCACGGGCAUCUCUCUGUUGAAACCGAUCGAAGAGCGGAAACCACCCGACAGCCAACAGCAGCAGCAGCAGCAGCAUCAUCAUCAGCAACCCCACGAGUACUGCAUCAAAACGGCCGAUGGCAAGUUUAUGUGCACCGUGUGCGAGCGGCUCUUUUCCCACCAACAAACGGUGCGCAUCCACUUUCGCAUCCACACCAACGAAAAGCCGUACAAGUGUACGUUCUGUGGCGAAUCCUACAUACGAUCGGACUAUCUCGAGCGCCACCUGAAGGUACACUUUAAGGACGGUGUUCUUCCGGCUGCCGCGAUCGCCAGUAUGGCAGCGGCCGCUGCUCGAGAUGUGGCGGCGGCCGUCGCGAAUGGACGAGCGGCACCGCAGCCAACAGCUUCUUCAACCCCUCCACCGCCAGCGCUGGUUGCGCCGAAGGAAGAAUUCAUCCACGAAAGCACGACGACGACGACGACGACGACGACGAUCACCACCGGUACGAAAACUCCCACCCCGGGCGCAGGUCCGACGACAUCCACACCGAAACCGCUGAUUGGCAGGGCCGGCUUGGCACCGGAAAACUAUCACUUUGCCGAGUCGAACGAUGGACAGUUUGUGUGCAAGAUCUGCGACAAAGUGUUCGCCCACGUGGCCUCACUGCGGAAGCAUGCGCUGGCCCACACGGAGGAGAAACCGUUUCACUGCGACAUUUGCGAUCGUUCGUUCAAUCGGGUCGACUAUCUGAAGGAACACUUUAAAUCGAAACGCCACUUGCAGCUGGUGGCGGAAGCGGCCGGGGGAAGCGUUGAGAGGACCGUCGAGGAAGAGGAGGAUGAUUCGACGAUGGAUGAUAGUGGGCCACCGAUAACGCCGGUCAUCUCGGUGAAGCGUCACAGCAGCAACAAAGCAAAGGGUACAAAUCGGGGGAAACCGAAGAUUGACAAUAAACUGAACGAGAUGCCCAAUAGCGAUGCCGAUGGUGUGGCGGCGGCGGUACUUCCGAUAGCGGCCAGCAGUUGUGGAAACAGUCGGAGCAGCAACAGUAGCAGUAGUAGCAACAGUUCCAGCAGCAGCAGCAGCAGCAGCAACAGUAAUAGCAGCAGCAGUAGCAGUAGCGGCAGUGGUGACGCCACGCCGGGAACGAAAUCCAUUGCCAACAACUCUUCCGGGGGCGGCGGCGAUGGUGAUGAUGCCGGCCGCGAAAGUAACGGGGGUUCCGUCGGCUCGACGCUUAAUGAAUUCCAUCGGUCCGAUUACGAGCGGACGAGCGACGGGCGCUACCAGUGCAACCGGUGUGAUAAAACGUUCGUUACGGCGGUCACACUCAAGAUGCACAUCCGGCUGCACACGGGCGAAAAACCGUACAAAUGUGACAAGUGCGACAAGGCGUUCAUCAGAUCGGACUACUUGAAGACGCACGAAAAGACGCACCGCCAGCAGUCGUUCCUUAGUCUGCUAGCCUUAACCUCGAAGGAACCGAGUACGGCAUCGGAAGCUGGCGAGGAUUCCGAAGACGGGCACGUUAACGGUCGGAACGAAGUGAGUAGAUCAUCGACGGUGAUGAGCAACGGACCACCACAGGAGGCUAUGGGAAAUAUGUCCGAUAUUUUGAAGGAUUCGAUGGUUGGGAGAAAAGGUGGACCGAGUGUGGAGGACGACGAGGAACCGGAAGAAGACGAGUCCGGCGAGGAAGAGGAUGAAUCGGAGGACAGUGAAGAAGAGGAACAGGUUAUCAAAGUAACGGUCAAGGAUGCAAGUUGCUCGGAGAGUGAAGAAGAAGAUGACGAUGAAGACGAAAAUGAUAAUUUGGGCGAGGAGGAGGAGGAAGCUGAGGAAGAAGAACUUGAUGGCGAUGACCACCAUGGGGAGCGGCAGAAGUUCGGUGUCGACGGUAACAGCGGAAGUGCCAAUCGUGGGACUGGACUAUCGUUGCUGCAGUCGAAGAAAGGAGGCACCAAGUUGGAGCAACAAAGUGAUCAUGGUUUCCAUAGCAACCACAGUCACCUCAGCGACAUUGGUGAAAGUAGUAACAACGGAUACGAUGAUCACGAGGACGAUAGUAUGUCACAGGCGAGCGGUGGUACGGCGGGAGGCGGCUCUUCGUACGGCCAUUACCACCAUCCGGACGAUAUGCACCUGGCGAAUGGUGGCGGAGUGUUGGGGAGUGAUGGUGAUCAGAGAGGCAAACACCGUUGCCCGAUGUGCGACAAACUGUUUGCGUGGCCAAAGUCGCUGAAAAUCCAUCUGCGAACGCACACGGGCGAGAAGCCGUACCGGUGCGACCUGUGUGGCAAGUGUUUCGGGCGGUCCGACAGUUUACGCGGCCACAAGCGAACGCAUGCCGACGAACGGCUCGUUCAGUGCCAUUUGUGUGACGUGAGCUGCCCAAGUGCGACGGAACUGGUGCAACAUCAGCUCGUGGUGCACAACAUUCAGCCGUUGGAGUGUUAGAAAACAAUACCAAUUCGCCAAUGCAAAGCGGCGAGACACACAAAACAUGAGCCGGUGUAAUUGAUUCGGUUUGAACACUCUCUGUUUCGUUUAGUAUCGUUCUCCGAAACGGUGCCAACUGGUUGGUUGGUUCGUAUUCAAUUAUUCCACUCAAAUCGACUGUAAUAUUCUGUAAAUAACAAUCAUGUACUUAGCAUCUAGUAUUUCCCCACACG